AGAAACAGUUCAGUCAGAGUUCAUUUUGAGUGGAGGCAGCAGAAGAGGGCAAACAGAAGGCUGAGGCAGGAAACUCACAAUGAAACCAGAAGAUAUUUUGGAACCUCUAGACGAUCUGGGAGAAUCUGAGUUUGAACGUUUCAAGUGGUUCCUGCAGCAGGAUGGCAUCAAAAAGAGCAAACUGGAGGGAGCAAACAGGCAGACAACUGUGACUCUGAUGGUGGAGAAAUAUGAAAUUCACAGAGUUCUGGAGGUGACCAAGAAAGUGUUAGCAAAGAUUCCCAGAAAUGACCUGGUGCACAGUUUGUCCAGCACAUGCUCAGGACAAGAAGCUGGGAUGGUUCCAGUGCGAGAGCCACAACCCAUUGCAUACUACCAGCAAAAGCUCCAGUCAAACCUCCAGGACAGGUUUAUGUGUGCAAAAGAAGGGUGGACAAAGAAGAAGGAUGAGCAGCUUCUGGAUAUUAUCUACACAGAGCUGUACAUCACAGCCGGGGCUGAUGUACACAUCAACACACAGCAUGAGGUCAGCCAGAUUGAGAUGGCAGGAAAGCAAACAGACACAGAAAAACCAGUCAAACCCAGUGACAUGUUCAAACCUCCUUCUGGACAAUACAGGCCCAUAAAAACAGUGCUGACCAAUGGAAUUGCUGGAAUUGGAAAAACAUUCCUUGUGCAGAAGUUUGUGUUGGACUGGGCUAAAAGAAGAGCCAAUCAAGACGUGCAUCUCAUAUUCCCCUUCACCUUCCGUCAGCUGAAUUUAAAGAAGGGACAAACUUUUAGUUUGGCACAGCUCAUACAUGAAUGUAUCAAGGAAACUGUUUUCAUCAAGGAGGAGGCUCUUAAUCACAUCUUCACAGCGCUACAGUCAUCAGGAAACACCAACUUUGACAAAAGUGAAUUCAAACUUCUGUUUGUUUUGGAUGGACUGGAUGAGAGUCGCCUUCAUUUGGAUUGUAGUACCAAUGAAAGUCAGUCAGUUAACUUUGAUGUGACUGAGUCCACCUCAGUGGAUGUGCUGCUGUCAAACCUCAUCACGAGAAAUCUGCUUCCCUCUGCUCGCCUCUGGAUAACCACACGACCUGCAGCAGCCAAUCAGAUCCAUUCUGAUUUUGUCGACAUAUUCUCAGAGGUCAGAGGGUUCACUGACCCCCAGAAAGAAGAGUACAUCAAGAAGAGGUUAAGAGACAAGAAGCAGGCCAGCAGGAUCAUCUCCCACAUCAAGAACUCACGAAGCCUCCACAUCAUGUGCCACAUCCCAGUCUUCUGCUGGAUCACUGCUACAGUUUUGUCUAGAACCAGAGAUGGAAGAGAGCUGCCCAAGACCCUGACUGAGAUGUAUACUGAGUUCCUGAUGUUUCAGAUCAAACUGACAAAAGAAAAGUAUGAUACAGAAAAGUGCAUUCAGGACAUCAAGUCACUGGCAAAGCUGGCUUUUCAGCAGCUGAAAAAAGGAAACCUAAUCUUCUAUGAGAGAGACUUAAAAGAAAGUGGGAUUGAUGUCAGUGGAGCCUCAGUGUACUCAGGUGUGUUCACAGAGAUCUUUAAAGAGGAACGAGGCUGGAUGGAUGAAGACAAGUUGUUCAGCUUUGUUCAUCUAAGUGUUCAGGAGUUUCUGGCUGCUCUUCAUGUCCAUUUGACCUUCAUCACCUCUGGAGUCAAUCUGCUGGCAGAAGAAGAGACAACAUCAGGAGGAUCUCUGGAUGACUUCUUAAAUGGAGCCAUGAAGAAAUCCCUUGAGAGUAAAAAUGGCCACCUGGACCUGUUUGUCCGCUUUCUUCAUGGCCUCUCUCUGGAAUCCAACCAGAGACUUUUAGGAGGCCUGCUGGGUCAGACAGAGAACAGUCCAGAAAACAUCCAGAGAACCAUCAACAAACUGAAGGAAAUGAAUGCGUAUGAAAUCUCUCCUGACAGAAGCAUCAACAUCUUCCACUGUCUGAUGGAGAUGAAUGACCACUCAGUACAUCGAUAUAUCCAAGACUUCUUGAAGUCUGAGGACAGAUUAGAGAAGAGACUCUCUGACAUCCAGUGCUCAGCUUUGGCCUACAUGCUGCAGAUGUCAGAGGAGGUCCUGGAUAAGUUGGACCUGCACAAUUAUAGCACAACAUUGGAGGGACGGAGGAGACUGAUCCCAGCUGUGAGGAACUGCAGAAAGGCUCGAAUUGUAGUCUGUCAGAUCUUAGAAUCUCACUGUGAAAUCGUGGCCUCAGCUCUGAAGUCCAACCCCUCCCAUCUGAGAGAGCUGGAAAUGACUUGGACCACCGACUUUCAGGAUUCAGUAGUGAAGCUGCUGUCAGCUGGACUGAAGAGUCCAAAUUGUAAACUGGAGACUCUGAGACUGAAGAACUGUAUGUUGUCAGAGACCAGUUGUGCUUCCCUGACCUUAGCUCUGAGGUCCAACUCCUCCCAUCUGCGAGAACUGGAACUGAGUGGGAACAGCGUGACGAAUUCGGAAGUGAAGCUGCUCUCUGCUAUGCUGCUAGAUCCACACUGUAAACUGGAGACUCUGGGAUUGUGGGGCUGUUAUUUGUCAGAGAUCGGCUGUGCUUCUCUGGCCUCAGUGCUGAAAUCCAACCCCUCCCAUCUGAGAGAACUGGACCUGAGCAGAAAUGAUAUCCGAGAUUCGGGAGUGAAGCUCCUCUCUGCUGGACUUGAAAGUCCACACUGUAGACUGGAGACUUUAAGAUUGUGGGGCUGUUAUUUGUCAGAGAUCGGCUGUGCUUCUCUGGCCUCAGUGCUGAAAUCCAACCCCUCCCAUCUGAGAGAACUGGACCUGAGCAGAAAUGAUAUCCGAGAUUCGGGAGUGAAGCUCCUCUCUGCUGGACUUGAAAGUCCACACUGUAGACUGGAGACUUUAAGACUGAGCUCCUGCGGUUUGUCAAGGAUCAGCUGUACUUCCCUGGCAUCAGCUAUGAAGUCCAACCCCUCCCACCUGAGAGAACUGGACCUGAGAGAAAACAGCCUGCAGAAUCCAGAUGUUAAGGAGCUGUCUGAUUAUGUGAAGCAUAAACACUAUAGACUGGAGACUCUGAGCCAUUCUGAGCCCCAAGUGACAGACUCCUGUUGA